AUGGUGCUGCAGGCGAUCAAGUACAAGCGCGGCGAGCUUCAGAUCCUGGACCAGCUCAAGCUGCCGCACGCCGAGGUGUACGACGACAUCCACACCUCGACCGAUGCCUGGCACGCCAUCAAGGAAAUGCGCACGCGCGGCGCCCCCGCCAUCGCUAUUGUCGCGGCCCUUGCCCUGGCCGUCGAGGUCGAGACGAUCGCCCGCAAGAACGAACUCUCCUCCGUCGCCGAGGAGGUCAAGGUCUUCAUCGUCGAGAAGCUGGACUAUCUCGUCACUAGCCGCCCGACGGCUGUCAACCUUGCCGACGCCGCGAGGAAGCUCAAGAAGACCGUCGAGACUGUGGCGGCUAAGGACGGCGCUUCUGGCGCCAGCGUGAAGGAUGCUUACGUGGAGGCGGCGGAGAAGAUGCUUGUCGAUGAUGUUUCGGACAAUGAAGCCAUUGGCAAGCACGGUGCUGACUGGAUCGUCAGCAACACGGAGGCGGGCAAGAUUGGUCCAGUCAGCGUGCUCACGCACUGUAACACUGGUUCCCUUGCGACUGCAGGCUACGGCACCGCCCUUGGUGUCAUUCGCUCCGUUCACGCUAAUGGCGCAUUGAAGCAUGCCUUCUGCACGGAAACCCGUCCCUACAACCAAGGUUCUCGUCUGACGGCCUUCGAGCUGGUGCACGACAACAUCCCGGCCACUAUGGUCACGGACUCUAUGGCUGCUGCGCUGUUGCGCCUAAGGGGCAAGUCUGACAACAUCGCCGCCAUCGUCGUCGGCGCGGACAGAGUGGCCGCCAACGGUGAUACUGCGAACAAGAUUGGCACAUACUCCCUUGCGAUCAACGCCCGCCAGCACGGAGUUAAGUUCCUUGUUGCGGCGCCGAGGACUACGAUUGACCUGCACACGAAGACGGGUGCGGAUAUUGUGAUCGAGGAGCGUCCCGGCAAGGAGGUCACGUUGGUCAAAGGCCCCCGUCACGAUGGCCAGUCUCUGGACCUGAAUGUUGUUGAGACUGUCAGCAUCGCUGCGAAUGGCAUCAACGUUUGGAACCCUGCGUUCGAUGUCACGCCUGCAGAGCUGAUUGACGGCAUCAUCACCGAGGUCGGCGUUGUGGAAAAGGAUGCCGAUGGCGUGUUCCGGAUGGAGAAGGUUUUUGACGAGGAUGUUUUCAAAGGCAAGGCCACUACGAUCGGAGGUCUUUAA